CUUGUCCUUGCGCAAUAAUGCCCGCCUUUAUGUUAGUCUUCCAAACUGGACGCUCGUUCUCUUUGUACUGAUGGAAUGAAAACAAGGUAUUAGGUGAUGGCUCAUUCAGACUGCAGCUUUGAAGGAACGAUGCUCUCUCACUGACGACACCAUAACUAACUGUCCGUCAUGAACAGCGAAGAGGAGUUUUAUGAUGCAGAGACAGGUUUGGAAUCAGAUGACUCCUGUGAAGUCAGCUUUAAAGAUGCUUCUGGAUUUGAGAGCAAACAGGCAUCUAAUGGCUGUUUGCGAUCAGAGAAUGGAGUGUGGAAACAAAGGACAACCCUCCCUGCCCCUAUGUUCUCCAGACAUGACUUUAGUAUUUGGGGCUUCUUGAAGAAAUGCAUUGGCAUGGAGCUGUCCAAAAUAACUAUGCCGGUGGUUUUUAAUGAGCCACUGAGCUUUCUUCAGAGACUUACAGAAUACAUGGAACACACUUACCUCAUUCAAAAAGCUUGCACAUUAUCUGAUUCUAUAGAUCGUAUGCAGCUUGUUGCUGCAUUUGCUGUGUCUGCUGUGGCCUCACAGUGGGACAGAACUGGAAAACCUUUUAACCCUUUACUGGGAGAGACCUAUGAGCUCACAAGGGAAGAUGAUGGAUAUCGGUUAAUCUCGGAACAGGUUAGCCACCAUCCUCCAAUCAGUGCUUUUCACAGUGAAUCACUCAGCCAGGACUUUCACUUUCAUGGCUCGAUUUAUCCCAAACUGAAAUUUUGGGGCAAAAGCGUAGAGGCGGAACCCAAAGGAACUAUGACACUAGAGCUGUCCAAGCACAAAGAGGCAUACACUUGGACAAACCCUAUGUGCUGUGUGCACAAUGUCAUCAUAGGCAAAUUGUGGAUUGAACAAUAUGGAACAGUAGAAAUCAUCAACCACAGCACUGGGGACAAAUGUGUACUCAAUUUUAAGCCUUGCGGUAUGUUUGGCAAAGAACUGCACCGGGUAGAAGGCCAUAUCCAGGACAAGAGUAAGAAGAAGCGGCACAUUAUCUAUGGAAAGUGGACAGAAUGCCUGUAUGCCAUAGAUCCAAAAGUCUAUGAAGCAAACAAGAAGACAGAAAAGAAGAGUGGAGAUUCUAAGAAACACAAGCAGGAACUGAAUACCGGUAGUGGUGCUGAUGAUGCUGAUGAAAUGCCCGAGGUUCAGGAGACGGUCACUAUGAUACCUGGCAGUACAUUACUUUGGAGAAUAACUCCACGACCUGCACACUCAACUCAGAUGUAUAAUUUCACCAGCUUUGCCAUGAUGCUAAAUGAACUGGCUCCUAGCAUGGAGGGAGUCAUAGCACCUACAGACUGCCGCCUUCGACCAGACAUAAGAGCAAUGGAAAAUGGAGACAUAGACACUGCAAGUCAAGAGAAGGAAAGGCUGGAGGAGAAGCAGAGAGCUGCACGUAGAGAACGUGCUAAAGAUGAGGAGGAGUGGUCCACGAGAUGGUUUCAGCAGAGCACAAAUCCUUAUACAGGAACCUCAGACUGGAUCUACACCGGUGGUUACUUUGACAGAAAGUACUCUGACCUACCUGAUAUCUACUGAAUGGCUGGGAAAAAAACAAGGGGUUUGGUAUACCUCUGAUCUCACCAUCACCUGGUCCUUAUCAUUUAUCUACUCGCAAAAAGCCUUUAUUUUUUAUAUUUUAUUUUAUUUUUUUCAACUAUCAAAAUGUGAGACAUAGAUGAAUGGUUUACUGAACUGAGUAACAAAGCUUCUUCUUCCUACAUUACAGCCAAAUCUUUAUACUGGAAACCUGAAACCCGGAACUCAAUAUGACUGAAUUUAUUUAAUUUUUUGAAAUGUAAGAAAUGCAGUAUGUUCUUCUCCCAUGGCAUUUACUUUUAUAGUAAAACAAUGGGUAAGGCUAAGUACAUUUAUAGUUAAUAAUGCACAAAUUUUUGCCCACCUUAUUUCAUGCUUGUUAUACUCAGGUGUUUAAUGGGUACAUAGUAUUACUGAUGGCAGUACUGCAUUAACAGCAAUGGAGAUUUCUGAGACUUUUAGCUAUUUAUGAUCAGGCUAAUGCAACUAUAUUAUUACUAUGAUAGCAAAUGUCUUGUCUUCUGUAAGUGUUAGCAACACUUUGGAUUUCCAGUAAAACGAUUACUGCAUUUAGAAUUCAUUUAAUAGAUUCACUAGAUGAGUGAUUAAUAUAUCCAGAAGUAAUAAGUCCCAUUAGGAUCUUUCAGGCAGAACUUCUGUUUGUCUCUACUGAUACACAGGAGUUUAUUAAAAGUUGCAUGUUCAUUCCUCACACGCAUGCUUUAUGACUAGUCAAGUAUAAAAGCUGCUUAUCGACCAUGUUUACUUUAUAAAUUAAGAGUUUUUAUGGUAUGGAAACUAGUUAACACGUUUCAACAGCAGAUAAGUCUGGUGUAUUUCUACCAUGAGGAUUUUCAGUUGAUUAUGGUUGCCAAAGUGACUCUAAUUUUGUGGAAAUUAAAGCCAUAAAACUCAUCAGGACUGCUUGUGUGUGUUUAGACAGUCUUACACACACUUAUGCACAGGCUUCAUUUAAAAGAAAUGGGUGCUAUAUAUGUUUUCAGCACUAGUUACUAAAAAUGUUUUUCCUUAACAUAUAAUCAAAAUGUACAAAGUACUUAACUGCUGCUUGGUAGAGCCUGAACAAAACAUGUUUUAUCACUAGCAUGUAUGUGUGCUCCUGAAAGAAAAGAAAAAAAAAAAGGUAAACGGGAAUGGUGUACUACAACGAGGGUUUUAUCUCAUACUGUGCAUCUCUCCCUUUCCUACUCUCUUACACACAAACACAUGAAAUAAUGAGAGAUGAACUAAUCUAUGCAAACAUUCACCAGAAUGUAAAUUAUAUCUUCUAAAGAUGUGGAUAUGACAUCCUCUUGCAACUCUACUGAGAACGAUUGGUAUAUUCCACUGGAGUCCAGCUUUGCAAACAAAGGGCUGGUGUUUUUGUCCCAUCUGAAUGACUGUAUACUCACAGUCUUGGUUCUACCCAGCUUAUGUCACACAUUGUCACUUUAUAGCUUGAGAAACCUUUUUUUUUAUCCCACACUGGCCACUUGUAAAGAUUGAAAUUUACUGAGUGUUUGCUUAGAUUUGUAAACCAUUUUUGUAACCCACCUAUACAUGUUCCAUGUUAUUGCAAUGUCCAUUACCUGAGCCUACAUGGUAGAAGUAGGCCAUUCAGUAUAUUAUUGCAGGUUCCAAAAUGAACAAUUUGUAAUCAAUCAUAUAUUGUACUUUUCUGUAAUAAGUGAUGGUUAAAUCAUUGUAUUAUAUAAAUAUAAUUCUAGAAUAUUGUUAAUCAUCAGCCUUAAAGUAACAGUCAUAAAGGCCACUGAUAUAAUGUGAAAUUAAUAAGGUUAAUGUUACAGUGAACAUGUGCCAGGUCACACUGUGCAACUACAUAAGGCAAACAUUUUCCAUAUGGUAAGUGAAGCAGAUGGAAGCAUGUUAUUAACAAACAACACUAUGUGAUGGUGUUGUUUUAUAGAUUGAAAUCAUAUGUGGGUUCCACUGCAUCACAAACAGAAUACGCCAAAUGACCUAUGUAGGUUUUAUAUAGUUGCAAUUAAUAUUACUUUUCUUAUAUAUUUUAUAUAGAUCAUAUUAAUUGCCAAUUGCAACACUUAGGUUGUCUAACAUCGUGAGUCUGGUCUGUCAUAACUUAGCAAUAUUAAAUGUAAAAUAGCUAAUGCAAUUCAAUAAAUUUCAGUGAAUACUA